AAAACUACUUUCUGUGCAAUGCGCUAUCGAAAAAAAUUACAAUAUAUAGAAAUUCAAAUGUCAAAAUUUACGGUCUUUGUUUACAAAUAGUUGUCGCAUAAUAAGGUCGCAUUUAAUGAAAUAUUACGCGAUGGCAACGAUCGCUAACCCAUCCAUCACGAAACAACCAUUAAAAUUCAUCGAAAUCCCCUUGAAUAAGUUUGCCGAAGAAGUGAUACCGUUUCACCAAAAAAUGUUGCAAGCUCACAAAAACAACGUACAAAAGCUCAUGUCGAUUAAUAACACCGCAGAACUGUUAAAAGAAAUAAAAGACAAGAAACGUAGCAUUAGGCAAGUCAGAGAUUUGUUGUAUGAACUUGAUACUCUGCGGACCCAAGUACAAGAUAGCGAUUUAGAUCAGUUUGAUAUUAGGACGAUGCCUUUACGAAACGCGUUGUUAAAACUUACCAAAGGGUAUCAAGAUUUGGAGAAGUUGUCAGAAAAGCUGCUCAUUAAAUUGGGGCCUGAGGAACAAACUCUGGCAGAUAGGCAAAACCCUUUUGAAGGAGUCUCACAAAUCCACAUAGAGGGGAAUAUAGAGGACCUGAAAUUGAAACAUGAACAAGAAAAACUCGAUAGGGUCCAAGACAUACAAAGAGAUGCUGACGACUUGCAUGAGGUUUAUAAGGAACUUCACAGUAUGGUGAAUGAGCAAGGUGAGGUUGUGACAAGAGUGGAAAUGAAUGUUGACACUACUCAAGAGAAUGUUAAUAGCGGUCUAAGGCAUCUUAUCGAAGCACAUAAGAUAAAAUCAGUGGCAUAUCCUGCGACGGGAGCUUUUAUAGGAACAUUGGUUGCUGGCCCGAUUGGACUCUUAGCUGGUUUAAAAGUUGGAGGAAUAGCAGCGGUGGGCUGUGCUUUAGCCGGCUACACCGGUGGAAUUUUUUUAAAAAAGCACAAGCAUUUAUUAGGAACUGAGCCCGAUGCUGUUAUCAACAACGAGAAUAACGAAAAUCACACUGUUACUGAAACCAUGAAGAAAGAUAUUUGACACAAGAGGUGCAUUUUAUGCUAAAAUCAAGAUUUCUUUUAAAUAAAUCAAUUAUAAAUAUUUAAAAUGUAAGUCAUAGGUAAUUUUAUUGAGCUGUACAUAUUUACUUCUUAAAAUGAAUGCUUGGAAAUUC